CGCAUAAAUUCCUCAAGUAUUAAAAAAAAUGAAAAUAAAAUUUAAUAAAAUUGCAUUUUUGCUUACUAUUUUAUUAAUCAAAAGUAAAAAUAUUUCUGCUCAAGGUAGUUCUAAUAAUGUAAAUCCUAACACAAACCCUAACAAUAAUUUGGCAAAUUCAAAUCUAAAUCAACCACCAUUAUCACCAAAUCAACCGAGUGAUUUAUGCAUUGAAUGUAUAUGCAAUGUGAUGAGUGGCUGCAGAAGUUCCACUGGUUGUUUUGCAAAUAGAUGUGGACCUUUUAAUAUUUCUGAUACAUUUUGGAGUACAGGAGGUGCUCCCAAAUUAUCAGAUAAUGAUAGUGAUGCUGUAGCAUUUGAAAGAUGUGCUAAUAAUAAAGGAUGCGCAAGUCAGGCUGUUAAACAGGCUUUAUCACUUUAUUCAACGGAUUGUAAUGGCGACAAUCAAAUCACUUGUUCGGAUUAUCUUGCAAUUCAUAUGCUUAAUGCAAAAAAUUGUAGAAAUUUCUUUAGUAACAAAGGUUUUACUAGAUAUUUGGAAACCUUAAAUAAUUGUGAACAAUCACGUCAAACAAAUGAUAAUCAAAUUAAUGAAGAGUUGAACAUUAAUCGAACAACUAUAUCUGAAGUUAGUCGGCCAUUAGUGACAAAUAUUCCUCAAUCUUGUAUCAAUUGUUUGUAUAAUGCUACAAUUGAAGGGAACAAUAUUAAUUCAGUGAAUUGUGCUAGAAAAAUAUGUGAAUCAAAUAAUACAAGACAAAUUAAUACAGAAUUGGGCACUUGUAUAAGCAAUAGAAGAUGUACCCCAAUUACUAUCGAAGGAUAUUUGAUUGCUAAGGGAAGAGACUGUAAUAAUGAUCAACGCAUUGAUUGUUCCGAUUUUAUUGCAAUUUAUGCAGCUGGAUUUGAAAAUUGUUCAGAUUAUUUCACUCAUCCCAGACAUUUUAUACAAGGACAAAAUUUUGAUACUUGUAUAUCGAGCAGCCGUACUUCUGGAAUAAAUGAUACUAGUGUAAAACUUACAAAUGUCAAUAGCCUGGGAAACUCUCCAACAAAUAUUAAUGAGUUGCAAAAUCCAACAUCAACAAUAUUUAAUAAUGUGUCAUUGCAAUGCUUAAAAUGCAUAUAUGAUAAUGGAAAAAGGCAAUCGAAUGAAACAAUGUUUGAAGGUUGCAAAUCGAAAUUUUGUGGUCCAUUAAAUAUUUCGGAACAAAAUUGGAUUUCUGCAGGUGAACCAUCUGGUGAUACAAGCCCAUAUCCCGCAUUUACAAGCUGUGCUUAUACCCGAGAUUGUGCUAUAAAAGUUAUUGAAAAAGAUAUUAUAAAUCUUAAUCGGGAUUGCAACAAUGACAGAAAAGUUGACUGUCUUGAUUAUUUAGCAAUUAUUUCAUCAAAUUUGGAUACUUGUGAAGAUUUUUUCAAAGAUGAAACAAAUAAAAAAUCUAUAGAUUUUGUAAAUGAAUGCAUUAAUCCUAAAAAGGAGUCCUUUGCUACUAGAUGUACAUUUGCAUCGAAGAAAUUUUUAUUAGUCUUUGCAUUCGGUUGGAUUUUUGAAAGUUUCAAUAAAAUGAAAAUAUUGUACUUAUUUUUAGAAAUACUAUUCAUACUAAGUUUGAUUUUAAUUAGAGGUUUUGAAAGUAUAAGUGAUAAACAACUAAAAUAUCCACCUGUAACACAACAAUGUAUUGGUUGUAUGUGUGAAGCGAUAAAUGGUUGUAACGAGAAUACAUUAAAAUGUGAAUUAGAUGUUUGUGGACCAUUUCGUAUGACAAAAUGGUAUUGGGCUGAUGCUGAAAAUAAAAUGGCACCAAUGGAUGAUCUUACAGAAUUCGAAAAAUGUGCAAAUGAUGUGUUCUGUUCUUUCAAUAUAGUUCAAAAAUAUAUGGAAAAAUAUCGAACAGACUGUAAUGAAGAUGGAGAAAUCAAUUGUCUUGAUUAUAUUGCUAUACAUAAGAUGGGUAAAUUAGCAUGUCAUAGUUUUUUCGUUAAUGAAGCCGAUAAUCCAUUAAAAACGAAAUUAGAAAAUUCAAGGCAAUUAUAA